ACGGGGUGAUUUAAAUAUUACCUGUCCCGUGUAACAGGUGCAUAUUGAGAAGGCUUACCUAUGAUAACACACAUGGAUAAGACAUGGAUGUUUAGUACAGGUACAUCUAGACAUAAUAUCAGCAACAUAUAAGGAAGAAGCAGACACUACUGAUAAGCGUUCCUCAUAAUCUCCGAGAUGAUUUGAGACCCUCAAGAUGUAAAUCUCAACACAUGGAUAUAGCUGUCAUAGUUUGGAGAGGCUAGGAUACACAGGAUGCCAGUUGUACCAUACACAUGUGUCUAUAUUGAUGCAGACUGGCGUGACCUUCUCUUCAGCGCCUCACAAUGUGUCAGAUGUACAGCAAAGAGGGAGCCAAUGAUAAAGGAGCUACAGAUCAUGUGGUCCAACCCAGCCAAUCAGAACUCAGUAUUGCCCUGUCUCUCUGUCAGGACUGCCCUUGACCUUUACCUACAGGUCAAGGACUAUCCCCCAGGCUCUGAGGUCAUCAUGUCCGCCAUCAACAUACCAGAUAUGGUGUAUAUUGUAAAACAUCACAAACUCAAGGUUGUCCCCUUAGAUGUGAAUAUAGAAACAACAGGACCGAGGGUGGAACUGCUGGAAUCUCUCAUCACCGAUAAAACAGUCGCUAUUCUUAUCGCUCACAUCUACGGCAAAUGGUGUGACAUCGAAUCUAUCAUAGACAUUGCUGAAAGGAGAAACAUCCAUGUCAUCGAAGACUGUGCUGAAUGUUUUUGUGGUUUUGAGAGGAUUGGAAACCCUAGAAGUGAUCUGACAGUUUUCAGUUUUGGUGUCAUCAAAUAUUCCACAGCUUUUGGAGGUGCUCUUGCGAAAAUUAAAGAUGAGAAAUUAUAUGAGCAGAUGAAUGAAAAAUAUUUGAAAUAUCCUGUGCAAAAACAUUCAGAAUAUCUGAAGAAAAUUUUGAAAUAUUCUGCAGUCUACAUUGUUUUAGAUUGUCCGCGUAUUAUCAAACCCGGGAUGGUUUUAACCAGAACUUUGAAUAUUGAUCACAAAAAAAUUGUUAUCAAGCUUCUCAGAGGAUUUCCUGAUCAAAUGGUAGAAAGAAUUCGAGCACAACCAUCGAACGCCCUUCUUGCCACAAUGAAACGGAGACUGAAUGAUUUUGACGUGACAGAUUUCAACUCAUCCAAGGUUAAGGCAGAAUAUGUGAGAGAGAGGCUACCCGAGGGGGUCACCAUGGUAGGGAUGCAGGCGGAGGUCAAUAACUACUGGCUUUUCCCGAUAUUGAUGGACAAUCCCGAUGCAGUGGUGAAGGUACUGAAUGCCAUGGGGAUAGAUGCUUAUCGCGGAGCAACACAGCUUAACCUCAUAGAACCCGAAAACUGUGACACUAGCAUUGUAGAACCCGAAAACUGUGGCGCUGGCCGAAUAGAAAGAGAAAACUCUGGAGCUAAUGUCAUCAAACUGGAAAAUUGUAAUGAUUUUCACCAUCAACAUACUACCACAACCAGCAGAUUUGAAAACAGACACAACUUCCAGAAGAAGAACAACCCCUUUGAGGCCCUGAACAGGAACUACCCUCACGAGGCACGCUAUCUCAUCAACCAUGUUGUCUACUUGCCGGUGAACAAAUCCGUCCCAUUCCAUGUCCUUGAUCAUAUCUGUAAAUGUGUAAAGUUAGCAGUUUGCCUCAGCAAAAAUGGCCGCUUGCCUGAUGUCCGUCUUCAUGCCAAAUUAUGAUGACCAUGGGCCCUCAGCAUAAUAUUCUUAUAUUAGAUGUAUUUUGGAAUUUUACCCGACUGUUUUUCUAAGAAUGUGAUAACUGAAUGAUUCUUUUAAAUAAGCAUUAAUUAAUUACUUUUUUCAAUUUUAACAUACCAAUAUUAAUUGCUAUUUUAUAGUUUUAAUCUUAACUACCAAGUAAUUGUUAUUUCAAAGUUAUAAUUAUCAGAAAUUAAAUGUUGAUUUCAACUGGUGGAAAUUAUUCAGGGACGAUGCCAAUUGAUUUAUAUGAAGAUGUAUUUUGAUUCAGUUUUUACUUCUCAAGUUAUGGUUUAAAAGGUAAACCUGUGUAUUAUACUACAUCUAUGCCAUCAGCACAGGGACUUGGCACGAAAUCUCCACCUCUGUAUAUGUGUAUUAUAUAUGUAGACUUGGCUGGAUUAUGUACCUAGUCCCUGUGAUUAUGAGUUCUAUUUGAUGGAACUAGAUUUUCUACAUUAAGGGAACAACACACUUUAUGUAAAGUAGUGAAAUUUUGCCAAAAUAUUAAGGAAUAUCUGCCUUAGUGACAUUUUUAUACAAUAGAUACUCCACUGCUGAAAUGAGUAUAUUAACAGAGGGUUCUUAGUGUUUGUCAAAAGUUAUCAUAAGUACCCUAACAAAGAUUUUUUUUAAAUUUUUGUUAAUCAAGAAGAAAUAAAAAAAAAGAACAAGUUGUCCCUAUAUACAAAUAUAUAAAGUUAUUAAUAUUUAUAAGAAACCAUGAGGAUCACAUGCUUUAUGUUCACUGUGUCUUUAUAGACAGGUUUGGCUUUAUAUAAACCUCUAUAUAUCAAUGCCAUUUUUUUCCCCUGUAAAUUGGCUGGCCUUUAUAGACAGGUAAGGUUAAGUUUUAUAUAAACCUUUAUAUAUCAAUGCCAUCUUCUCUUCUCCAAUAAGUAGCUGGUCUUUAUAGACAGGUUCAGAUGUAUAUAAACCUCUAUAUAUUCACCAAUAAGUAGCUGGCCUUUAUAGACAGGUUCAGCUUGAUAUAAACCUCUAAACAUAAUACCUUUGCUCUUCAAUAAGUAGCUGGCCUUUAUAGACAGGUUCAGAUGUAUAUAAACCUCUAUCUAUAAAUACCAUUUUCUCUUCUCCAAUAAGUAUCUGGCCUUUAUAGAGAGGUUCAGAUGUAUAUAAACCUAUAUAUAUUCAACUUCAAUAAGUAGCUGGCCUUUAUAGACAGGUUCAGCUUUAUAAAAACCUCUAUAUAUCAAUGCCAUUUUCUCUUCUCCAAUAAGUAUCUGGCCUUUAUAGACAGGUUCAGAUAUAUAUAAACCUCUAUAUAUUCAGCUUCAAUAAGUAGCUGGCCUUUAUAGACAGGUUCAUUUUAUAGAAAAGUUCAGCUUUAUAAAAACCUCUGUAUAUCAAUGCCAUUUUCUUUUUCCUGUUAAGUGGCUGGCCUUUAUAGACAGGUUUAGCUUUAUAAAAUCCUCUAUAUAUUAAUGCCAUUUUUCUCUUCUCCCUAAUUAAGAAGCUGGCCUUAUAGACAGGUUUGACUGUAUAUAAACCUCUAUAUAUAAAGCCACCUGUCUACAUGGACCAAUUUUCUCUACUCCCUUAAGUGACCUUUAUACAUGGCCUUUAUAGACAGGUUUGACAUAUAUUAAUUCUUUACAAAAUAACAAGUGUUUUAGUGAUAAACUUGUUCCAUCUGCACAUUCCAUCCAGUAUUAAUAUAAAAUUGGUUGUGUGUUUUAAUGAGCAUCUUGUAUAAAUAAUUGUGUACUUUUAAGUGGUGUUGGAAUGUUUUUGAUAUUUUAUCCAGAUUUUUAUCUUGUUAUUCAGAAAAUCUAUUGUGAAGAGAUAUCAUUUACACGGAGUUAAUAUUAUUUAAAAAGUUAUUAUUGAAAAUGUAUUUUUAUAUGACAAAUGAGGACUGUUGUUAUUUAUUGUGAUGAAGAUACCGUAGAGAGUAGGAAACAGGAGAUCUAUAAGAUUUGACAUUUCACAGCAGGUUUGUGUUAUAUGUUAUAUUUUUUAUUUAUGGUACACUCAUGAGAGUUUAGCACCAUUCUAGUUUAUUAUGUAGUUUCGUAGAUUGCCAAACUCAUCAAGAGUAUAAACUGUUAAUGUUUGACAUUUUGGGGGUAUGUAUAAAGGUUUUUAAUUUAGUUUAUUGUAAUUUAAUAAAUUCCUUAUACCAGGAUAUUUGUGAUAGGGUCACAUUACCAGCUAUGAGUGUUAUUUACUGACAAACAGAUUGUUGUUCCAGCCGGAUGGUAUAAGGAGAAACCUCUACUGGUGAGGGACUGUGGGAAAUAUUUUUAAUUUUCUGUAAUGUGUAUGGAGAUUUAAUCCUUCAAGUUGUAGCUUAGUUAUUCAUAAAUUUGGUUUAAUUGUUGGACAAAAAUUAAUGAAAUAUGAAAUUAUAUCAAUGUGUAUUUCUUUCUCGAUUUAAAAAAAAAAUUAUUCUUUGUCAUGUACAUAUUCUCUCUUCUUGGAAAAAAGACCCAAAUUUGUGUCAAACAUAGACACAUGCUAUGGUUGAUUUUUAAAGGAGAUAUACUGUGCCGGUCUUGAGACAAAUUUAAUGAAUUUUCAAAACAUCAAACUCCGUACUAGAUGGGUAGAGAUGAUCCUUCUCUAUGCCCUGAAGUUAUCACUUAUACAUAUUUGGUCUUUGUGGUCACAACAUAGAUCAAGGGGAGACAAUCAGUACAGAGCUGUAAGUCGGGAUGAUCCAAUCAUCACGGUUGUUGACAAUGUACAAUGUAUGUGUGCUCUCAUCAUAAAUACCUGUCAUCAAGACAAGGAACAAUGGCCUAGAGCCAGUAGAUUUGGGCUUUAGGCAAAUUAUUUUAAUACCUGCCUUAUUGGCAAGUGCAAUUUACAAAUCAUAAUUUUUACCUUUUCCUUAAGAGAAUUAAGAUACGUUGUACUUCUAAAUCAGUUUUUCCUGCCUCAAGUCUUUUAUUUAGGAACAUUGUAUAUACAUUGUAGGUUUUUAAUAUUUUAAUAAUCUAUUUGUAAUUGUUUACUGAAUAUCGAUCUCAUUAUAAUCACUCAGAGAAUGAAAGAUACAUGUAUUUACUUGAUCAGAAUCUUGCAUCAUUACCUAUAGUUUAAGUAUUUAUAUAGGGUUUACGAUAAAAACAGGAUUGUUACUUAUAGUUAUAGUAUAUAUAGGGUUUACGAUAAAAACAGGAUUGUUACUUAUUUACUCAAUAUUACAUGUAAAAAAACCCUCUAGGCUUCCAUUGUGUUAUAAAUAUAUUGUUGAAUGAAAAAUUCUAAUUACAUGUAGGUUGAAUUAUACUGAGGUUGGUCGGUGGUUUUUCUCCGGGUACUCUGGCUUUCCUCCACCUCCAAAACCUGGCACGUCCUUAAAUGACUAAACAAAAACAAAACAAAACCUAACCUUUACAUUUUUGUUACCAGAUCUAUUUUGAUUAUCUGUUGGUGACUCUGUGAAGUUGAUAUAAUGUUGUUCAUCCUGUAAAAUUAUGUUCAGUCACACAGAUUACUUGUAAAAACAUUAAUCCUGAAGAACACUAAGAUAAAGCCUCACUUGUCAUCCCCAGAGGCUGGCCAGAUAAAGUUUUAUUGUGAAAUUGUUAAAAUGUAAAUUUGAAUUAUUUUAUAACAAUUGCAAAACAAGUAAUACUAAUUUAUAUAAUCACUCUUGUUGGUCCAGAUCAAAGUGUGCGAGGGGCGUGGUAGGGAACCAGAGUACCAAGGGGGACCCACCUGGUCGACCAGGUGACCCCAUACCUUUUCACAUUUGAUCAGGGAAUCGAACCCCUGCCACCUAGGUGAAUGACAGAUAUUUUGUGUUGUAUUUGAUUUAAUAAGCAUUCCUUUUCUUACUAGUGUUUUUCCCUCUGCUUUCUGAGAAAAAUGUUGGGUGCAUUUAGUAAAAAUCCUGUCAGAAGUAAUCCUUGGUAAAUAAACUCCAAUAACUCUUUAUAAUUAUUUAAACACUGAUCACAUGGAAACCUUAAUAAAUGGUUUGAUAAAGCUUAGAUGACACAAACAGAAAACAAACCAGUUUUAACAUGUGAUUUAACUUGUGAUUAUAAACGAUGGGUUGUCAUGUGUAAUUUUAUGAUAACUAUGAUUAUCUCAGAAUUUUGAUUGACUCGCACAAAAAAAAAUGUAACUAGAAAACAUUUAUUAAGUUACUAUUUGUAAAAAUAUUAAUCAAGUCACCAUUUGUAAAAACAUUUAUCAAGUUACCCAGUUCUACAGGUGCUUUUGGCUGGUGCCCUGCACUGCUGGUCAGUACUAGAGCAUUGGACAAUUAAACCUUAGAUGAAUAUCUGUGGAGAGUGUUCGAUCACUCCUCAGGAAGAUUUGUUUGUUAAAAAAGCUAAAAUCAAGUAGAAUCCAUGACUGUUGUGGUUGUGAGCCAGAUACCUUAUCACACUAGAUCAGGGUAAGUCUUUGGUUUAUUUCCAAUGAAGUAACUACCAACUAUGACUUAGAGACUGUUCACCAAGCAAUAAAGUCCAGCAAACACAAUCCUGCUGCACGGAUUGAUAUGUUCAUCAUAGAACUAUUUAUUGGGCAUGGUAGAUAUGGCCACUAUAUACAGCUAUACAGGAGAUUAACCAGUACCAUAGCUAUGUAUCAUUCCGUGCAAUUCUUUAAUCCUUGCCAUUCAAUGAAAACAUGCAUUUAUUAAUUUUGUCAUGAAAUAAAUAAUUUUAACAUUUGAA